AGUCAGCUGUUAUUGUAUUUUUCACUGUAGUAUGUAAAAUAAAAACAGUAAACAUUGAAGUGAAUUAAAAUUAAAAGAACUAUUUACGAAGUUAUACGGCUAUCUAGAUAACAAUGGGCAAUUGGUCUUUGGAAGUCUUCAAAAUGGCAAUGUACAUGACAUUUCCUGUUGCCAUGUUUCACAUCUUUAAUCAACCGGAAUACUUUGAGGAAUGGGUGACCAAAAAGAAGCGAGAACUUUAUCCACCGGAAAGUCUGGGACAUCGUGAAACAAUACAGCAAGCCAUAAAGGAACAUCGCGAAAAACAGGAUCAGAAAUUUAUGAAAGCCUUAGAGGAUAUUGAGAAAAAGCAAAAGGCUUAACAUUGUCUAAUGGGUGAUAGCAGCUUGAAAGAGGGCAUGCAUUUCGUUUUUGUAUUAUGUAAGGAAAAUAACGAAUUAAAUUACUGAAAUUGUGUACUUUAUUUAAAA